AUGGCUAACGUUUUGGUUCUCCUAUCCGAUCUCCAUUCCGGUCGCUCUUCCUCCGCCGUCGAAGUCCGCUUGCUCCGCUUCUGGGAGGCCAGAAACGUCCGCCGUAGUGGAGAACUCAUGGGCGUCGACAUGCUCUUACUCGACUCGCAGUCAACCAUGAUGCCGGCUACAGUUAAUGUUAACCGUCUCGCAACACACCUGACUAAUCUUGAAGAGGGUUCGGUCUACUCUCUUACCGGUUUUGAAGUCACACGUUGUAACCAGAAUUAUCGCCUGUCAGACUCUUCUCUACUAAUCCGGUUUACCGACUCCACCUCUUUCAAGAAGGUCACCGAACCAGCCGUUCCAAUACCUCUUGAAUCAUUCCGGUUCCGUAACUACAGUGAAAUGCUUGGUCUUGCUAAUUCCAACAAUCAAUUACCGGAUCUUAUUGGCGAGAUUACUGCUGUCAAGAGUACGGUAACUGACCCUCCUCAGGACAAGAAUCGUGUCAUGGCGACCAUUAAGAUGGACAAUGACAUGUCUGUGACUAUGAGCCUCUUUGACGCUCAGGCUGUUAAGAUUCAUAAUCAGCUAGAACAGAUAGGAGUGGAUCCAAGGGUUGUUGUUGCAACCAGUGUGAACCCGAAGAUUGUGGGAGGUAAGCAACCAGUGUGA